CCCGGAGCCACCCCGUGUGGUAACGGGUUGAGCUGUUACCUUAUUUAAACAAGAGCAAUUACUAGGGAAACACAAGAAUUAGUAAGGAAAACAGAAGGGAUUUUUAGAUCAGGUUUGCAAGGUUUCUGAAGACAGUCCCAAAACUGGAUCCCUGCAUAGCUCACACAGCCAACUGUGCACGCUACCUCAAUAAACCUAAACAAACUUCUCACAAGUUUUAAAAAGACGACUUUGCUCACUGUUCUUAAUUUUUUACGCAGAAUAAAAAAAGGAAGGAAAAAAAAUACAUUCAAAGGUGCAAACAUGCCAUGCCUGGCGUUUUUGAGCUGCACGUGCGUGUGGUUGCUUGUGUUACCUGUAAAGGUAAGUGCACUCAGUAAUGAAGACAGUGACAUCGACGUGUUAGUCCUUUUGCCAGAGGAAAGCUCGUACAUCUUCAGCAUCCCCAGGGUUCGACCAGCUAUAGACUACGCACUGAAGAGCAUCAACUCCAACGAGAGUCUUAAUUCAGGGUUCAAUUUCAAGGUCCACUAUAAUAACUCCAACUGCGGCAACCAAGCGCUCUUCAGCUUUGUGGAAAGGUCCUUCCUGAAGAAACCCGACGUGGUUCUGGGUCCGGUUUGUGAAUACGCUGCAGCCCAAGUGGUGCGGAUGGCGUCCUACUGGAACAUCCCCAUACUUUCUGCAGGUGCCUUGGCAUCCGGGUUUGGCACGAAGAAAGCCGAAUACACGCACCUGACUCGAGUUUCCCCGGCGUACUCGAAGAUGGGGGAAGCGUUCGGGGCGAUGUUUAAGCAUUUCUCGUGGAAGAGGGCUGUUCUCAUCUACCAGGAGGACAAAGAACGGAACUGCUUCUUCUCCAUCGAGGGGGUCUACGCUGUGCUGGAAGCAGAGGGGUACCACACAAUUACGCUUGCCUUUGAUUUGAGGCACCCCAUGGAGAUUGAAGAAAUCAUCAAGUCGAUCCAAGAGAGCGAUGGUAUAGUCGUCAUGUGUGCUGCCAGCAACGAUAUCCGGGACAUCAUGCUUGCAGCUCAUCGGCGCAGAAUGACCAAUGGGGAUUAUAUCUUCUUUAACAUCGAGCUCUUCAACAGUACGUCUUAUGGAAAUGGCUCUUGGAAGAGAGGGGACAAGUAUGACACGGAAGCCAAGCAGGCCUACGCUGCCCUCAAGACUGUGACUCUGCUGAGGUCGGUGAAGCCGGAGUUUGAGAGAUUCUCCAUGGAAGUGAACAGGUCCCUGCAGAAGCAGGGUGUCAGUGGAGAGGAUGACAGUGUCAACAUGUUUGUAGAAGGCUUCCAUGAUGCUCUGCUGCUCUAUGCUUUGGCGCUUCAUGAAGUGCUGAAGAACGGCUACAGCAAAAAGGAUGGAGACAAGAUUGUGCAACACAUGUGGAACAGGACAUUUGAAGGCAUUGCAGGCCAGGUGUCUAUAGAUGAGAAUGGUGAUCGAGACGGGGAUUUCUCGGUGAUCGCCAUAACGGACCCUGAAGCAGGUACACACAAGGUCGUUGCGAACUUCUACGGAAAAAAUCAAAGCUUUGAAAUGCAACCGAAUGUGAAGAUUGACAUGUUCAUUCAAAGACUUCCUCACGAUGAGAACAGAGUCCAUGGAAACCGAGACACACCCCCUUAUAAAUCAUCAGGUGGGCUUGGGGAGUCAGCAGUCACUGGCAUCGUGGUAGGAGCUCUUCUAGGAACAGCCCUGCUACUGGCAUUCUACUUCUUCAGGAAGAACUACAGGAUAACCAUUGAGAGGAGAAUCCAGACAGAAGAGUGCGACAUCGGGAAGCAUCGCCAGCUGCGAGAAGACUCCAUCAGAUCCAACUUUUCAGCAGCAUAAAGAAGAGGACGAAAUGCUGUGACUCCCCAGAAGCUUUUAGAGGGAUGUGACCAAAGACUUUGCAGGCUAUUCAAGCAGACAUUUUAUUUUCAUGUUAUUUAAGAAGUAGAGUUAUUUUUUAAAAUCUCAUUUUCUUUGACUUUCAGGAAACUCAGGAAAGUUGUAAUAAUUACACAGUGCCACUCCACGGCAUCUCUCUCUGUAGAAACAAGGAUGUAUUUUUACAGUAUUCUGUAAGGGUUUUCUUAGUGGCCAGUACUGAGUUCAGGGGUAGCGAUGGCUCUGUCACUGUAUUUCACCUUCCAUGUUCCCAGCCCUCAGCACAACAGCUAAUAUGUAUAGUUUAAUUCCAGCGGGUUUUGUUGCAACGCAAUGGACUAGGCUUCCUCACCCAUUUCCUGCUUUCAUUCUCCCUGAUGACCCAAAGUUUAAAUGAGGGAAUGUAAUUCAUGGUAAACAUUUUAAGACAAAAGAAUGUAGCUUUUUGAUUAACUAUAUUAAGGAAGGAAUUGCGGAAAAAGACAACCACAGCUUUGACCUUGGCAUUGGUUUAUGCAUACAAGUGUUGUGCUGCAAGAUUAACUAAUAGUGUGUAUAUAAUUCUAUAGAAUUUAGGAGGUGCUGUAAUACCACUGAAUUUGUAGAGAUCCAAGUACAUUUGGAAUCAUUUGGAGGAAAGACAACAAAUACUGCAUUUUGGUCAAUGCACCCGAAACAAAGUUAAAAACGGUGACUAGGCUGUGGAUACAUUGGCACAUAAAUAUAUUAAAACAUCUGGACAAAGGAGGCACUUGUAGGUCUGUGUGACACUGAUUUGUUUUGCUAUUCAAGCCUGAAGCUCUUCACCAUUUUCUUUACACAUCAUUUGUAUUUAUGUUUUAAUAACAAACAUACAAUGUAUUGUUAUUUAAUUGAACACAAAGUUUCCAGGAUGUGUGCUUUGGUAUCACCUGCAUUUCUCUUACCACAUCAGUACACCACUAUGGGAAGAUUUUUAACGUUAUGCUGAAGCCUAAAUGUCAAAACUUAGUAACGCGCUGAAAUGUCUGAAAUGUUCUUGGUUUUCAGUUAAUCAGAUAUUUAUUUUUCCGUUACAUUGGUAUGAACAACCUUUGAAUUUUAAAUUGUUUUGCAGUACCCCUAAGAAACAUUUUAAUAGUGUUUUAUAUUACCCUUACCUUUUCAAAAAAUUUCCUCUAAUCUUUUUUUUUUGUUUGUUUUUGUCAUUGCCCAUUUUCCUUUAUUUAUAAGCAGCUGGUCUGAUUAUGCGGAUCUAUGAACUUAAUAUCAAACAAAUAGCAGGGACACUUUCAAACUUCAUUGAGAUGGCAUUUCUGGCCGAUGGAAAAGUAGGUGAAGAGUGAUUUUAUUGGACAUUUUUAAUGGGUUAAACACAAAGUAUAUACAUAAACAAACCAAUAAUACAAAAUAGGUCAUGUCUGUUUAAAAUGGUUGAAAAACAGUUUGAAUUGAUUUGCCUUUGUUUUUCAGGAAAUUAUGUAAGUUAGGAAAAUUCUAUUUUCUAUGGCUUUGGGGCUAUUUGGAGCUAUAGUUUUCAUGCUUCCUUGUUUACCCAUUGGCUCACAGCUCUGACCAAUAAUCUAUGGUCUCCUUUCGGUCUGGUUUGUGUUUUGGAUUUGUGCACAAUCCAACUUCCUGCAUAUUCUUAUUUUUUCACAGAUAAAUAUGAAGCGCUAUAUUUAAGAAAUUUGACAACUGAUUAGAUGAUUAGCCAUGGCAGUCCAUGUUAUUACUACUUGUCAGUGGGAUUGUGUUUUUAAAUAUAAAAU